UCACUGAGCUGCUGCUGCUGCUGCUGGAGGAGGAAACGGGAGCGCCGGGCUGCAUUCCGCACAAGUUGCCUGCACUCAGAAACUUUAUCAGCAAAACUUUUCUUUUAUUUUGGAGGGGGAGGUCGUUCGGUGGGGGGGUUUAUGCGCGGAGGAGAGCGAGGGACUGGAAGGUGAAAACUGUGACUGUCCCAAGCUGCGAGCGAAUGGAGAAGCACAAAGUGCUGGACCAGCUCCUCAUGGAGCUCCACCGCUUCCUGCUCAUCCUGGACAAGGAGACACUGAGCGGGAACGCCACCGUCCAGAAGGGCUUGCUGUCCGAUCUCCUCCAUUCCUACAGGGCCUCCAACGGUGCUGAUGAGGAGUACAUCUACAUGAACAAAGUGAUUGUUGGCGAGAAAGACAACAAAGACGACAGACCAGAUAUCCUGCUCAAUGGAAAAGCAGCAAAAUGUGUUCCUGUCCCACAGAAGAGCCUCCCUGACCUGCCACCCCCCAGAACAUGUAUGGCGGGUCGGGAGCCGUUCCCCUUACCUGCAGUUCCUUCUCCGGCCUCUAUAGACACUUCGGAGAGUUACUAUGAGGAGGCGCAGCCCUACGAGGAAACUGUGAAUGACGACGGCGAGGUGGUCAGCAGCUCAUACGAGUCCUACGAUGAGGACGAAGUGACCAGAGGAAAGUCACCGUCGGCGCAGCACCAGUGGCCGUCGGCAGAGGCGUCCAUCGAGCUGAUGAAGGACGCUCAGAUCUGCGCAUUCCUGUGGAGGAAGAAGUGGCUCGGCCAGUGGGCCAAACAGCUGUGUGUCAUCAAAGACCAACGUCUGCAGUGCUAUAAGAGCUCCAAGGAGCAGACGCCCCUGCUGGAUGUGAGUCUGCUGGGCUGCAGCUUCGUCUACAAAGAGAAGCAGCUGAAGAGAAAAGAGCACAAGCUGAAGAUCACACCUGUAGGAGGGGAGGCCAUCGUGCUGGGCCUGCAGAGCAAGGAGCAGACGGUGCAGUGGCUGAAGGUGAUUCAGGAGAUCAGCCCCAAACCGUUAGAGAGCUGUGAAACCCAGCACUCGGUAACUGACUCCCCGAGGCUCAUCUGCACCAAGGGAGAGCUGAGCGAGAGAUACUCUGUGGCUUCAGAGAGCGGCAGCAGCACAGACAGCCACGCAGAAACAUCGGAAAACAAAGAUGUGAAGAAAAAAUACGGUGCAGGUCUGAAGUUCAGUAACCUCAUGAACAUCGGCAAGAAAAAACCUUCCUCAUUGGAGAGUCCGGAGAAAUGUGUCGACACGUCAGGCUACCUCAAUGUGCUGGUGAACAGCCAAUGGCGAACCUGCUGGUGUCUCAUCAAGAACGGUCAGCUGUGGUUUUACCAGGACAAGGGCAAACACAAAGUGAGCCAGCCGGCCGUGACGCUCGAGGGCUGCUGCAUCCUGCCCGACCCCAUCCCAGAGCACCUGUACUCCUUUAGGAUCAACGUAGAGGGCACACAGGUGGCGACUCUGGAGGCAAAGACGUCAGCGGACAUGGGUCACUGGCUGGGCCUCCUGCUGUCACAAACAGGCAGCAAGACCGACCCGGAGGAUCUGACGUACGACUAUGUCAACUCAGAGAGGAUCUCCAGCAUCGUCACUGCUGCCAAGACUUCCCUAUACUUGAUGCAGAGGAGAUAUUCAGAGCUGAACACCUACAUCGACACGCCGCCUGCUGUCCCUCUCGACUCAGAGGAACUGUACGACGAUGUGGCGUCUUUAGCAGAUCCAGAGGACGCUGAGGACAGCAUCCAGCCAGACAGCGGGGACAACCACCUUCAGCAAUGUGAUGAAACACAAGCAGCGCCCAAGGACCCAGAGGGAACAGAGCAGGAAAAGGUUUACCUGGACCUGGUUCCUGUGCGCUCCUUCCUCCAUACAUCAUGUGGGGGUAAAAACCUGCCCACCAAAGACACUUGUAUACAUCCCCCGGUCAACGAAGAAGAGCAGAGAGACUCAACGUGUCAAGAUAACGAGGUCACUUCGACGAACCCUUCUGAGCCAGAGCCGACACCCGUCCUAAACGGAACAAGUUUGACGUCCGCUGCCAGCAAACCAGAGCAAACGCGCCCGACGACUCCCACGCCGCAGCAGGCGCCACCUCAGUCCCUCAAACCCACGUCCCAAAGCCUGGAGACACCGAAGAGGACGAGCCUGGGAAUCCCAUCGGCCUUCAGCUCCCCCGGGGGACACAAAGGACAGACGGGUCACACCACUGCUGGGUUCCCUCACAGUCCUCAACCGCUGCGGCCCAAAGCUCACACCAUAGGGAGUCCCGGUGCAGUUGAAGUGAAACUGGGCAAAAACCGCACGGAGGCCGACAUGCGCCGCUACAUCGACGAGCGUGACCGCCUGGAGAGAGAAAGGGAGGAGGUGAGGAGCAGUCUGGCAAACCUGAAGAAGGAGAGGAGGGAGGCCAAAGAGGAGCUCAGCGCCUGCCAAGAUCCAAAGCAGCAGGCCUCGCUGGAAGCCCUUCUGAAGCAGAGGGAGGAGGCGUGUCGGGAGGCGGAGCACCGCAGGGUGGAGGUGGAGCUGCGGCUGAUGGAGGUGAAGGAAAGUCUGAAGAAGGUGGAGUCAGGGCAGUUCACGCUGGGAACCACAUUGGACAGCAGCCUCCAGGACACGCCCACGGCUAAAUCAGCAACCAUGCCUGCUCUCCAGACGACAUCAUCAUCAUUAUCAACUUCUUCAUCAACAACAUCAUCAUCAUCAUCAUCGUCGUCCCAAAUCUCAAACAGCAUCCUCAGUGCAGACUCGGCCUCACCAGUCAACUCCGCCUCUGCACUAAAGAACAGACCGGCCUCCAUCAUGGCCACGAAAGGCAAAGUUCUGCAGAAAGCUAAGGAGUGGGAGAAAAAAUCCACCACCUAGGAGGAGAACAUCCUGUGGUCUCCUCUGACCUGAUCAAAUCCACAACUCGUCCUACUUUUUUCAAGGAGCUGCCAAUUAAAAGUCCAGACCAAUAAAUCAACAACCUCCCUUCUCUGGAUCCUUCAUCCUCAUCACCUCCCUGCCAAGACUAAACAGAGCCAAUCAGAGAGAGGCACAAGCUGUCUCUUCAAAUACCACUGGAUAACUUUGGUUCUAAAGACUUCACAAGUGUUUUUACUUCUCUUUUUGCAAAGAAGAGGAAUUUGAUGUUGGAGCAUUUCGGCCAGUCUAACAAUCGUUCUUGAUAAUGAUGAAACGGGAUGUUUCAAUGCUGCAAACAGCCAAAUAUUUGAGACCACUGAAGUCUUGAGAGAGACGUCCCUCGACUAAAAUGCCCAUUUUGUACACACACUUUUGUAGCUUGGUUCAUGUAUGCUGGUAGCCAAGAUGUAAAUAUAUUUACACCAUUAUCCAGCCUCUCGGCCUGUAUUGCUAGCUAGAAAUGCACUUUUUAUUCAAAUAAAAAUGUACUGACGACGA